CAUUCAAGUCCUCAUCUUUAGGGCAACCGAUCUGUUACUCUAACGUCUGGGGCCACAGUCAUUGAACCUUUACUGGUCGAGGUCUGACACACGUGAGAACCAUACGCCCUCCUGUCAUUUGCUGCUGAGAAUGUUUUUUCUCAUGAUCUGGAGCUAAAAGAAUUAUGAGAAUACCUGAUCACCAAGGUGGCGGUGCCCAUUAUGAUGUGGCGGAGCUUCAGUAUCUGGCACCUUUAAGCUAUUAAAAGAGAAGGACUGAUUUGAAAAGAGCUGCAGGAUGAAAUGCAACAACAGUUGAUGCUGUCCUGGAAUCCAUUUUAAAGGAAGAUGGCUGAUAUUGGAUUGAAGGAGACUGGUGUUUUGCUUUGUGUAGUGUUUGCUUGUUAUUGGAACAGUCUGUUCUGCGGCUUUGUCUUUGAUGAUGUGUCGGCCAUUCUGGAUAACAAAGAUUUGCACCCAUCAACUCCAAUUAAAAAACUUUUUCAAAAUGACUUUUGGGGAACACCAAUGUCUGAGGAAAGGAGCCACAAGUCAUACCGUCCUCUUACAGUCCUGACCUUUCGCUUGAACUAUCUGUUCAGUGAACUUAAUGCUAUGUCAUAUCACCUUCUUAACGUGAUUCUCCAUGCUGCUGUUUGUGUCAUGUUCCUUAGAGUUUGUAAACUUUUUUUGGACCCAAGGACCAGCCUGAUUGCUGCUUUGCUUUUUGCUGUGCAUCCAAUCCACACUGAAGCUGUCACAGGAGUUGUUGGAAGAGCGGAACUUCUCUCCUCUAUAUUUCUGCUAGCAGCUUUUUUGUCUUAUACAAAAUCGAAGGGGCCAGACAAUUCUAUAGUCUGGACUCCAAUUGCAGUAGCUGUAUUCCUUGUUGCGGUUGCAACUCUAUGUAAAGAGCAGGGCAUAACUGUUGUUGGCGUUUGUUGUGUAUAUGAAGUAUUCAUUGCUCAAGGGUACACGCUGCCUGUCCUGUGGGAUAUAACUAUACAGAUCCUGCGGGGUAAAGGAAGCAUCCCUUACUCUAUACUUCAGACAUUGCUGAAGCUUAUUGUGCUCAUGUUCAGUACGUUGCUUCUAGUCGUCGUUAGAGUUCAAGUCAUUCAGUCACAGCUUCCAGUCUUUACUAGGUUUGAUAAUCCUGCAGCAGUCAGUACAACACCUGCAAGACAGUUGACAUUUAAUUAUCUGCUUCCUGUAAAUGCCUGGCUCCUCCUUAAUCCAUCAGAAUUGUGUUGUGAUUGGACAAUGGGAACAAUUCCAUUGGUUGAAUCUAUUCUAGAUAUCAGGAAUUUGGCUACAUUGAUUUUCUUUAGUGUUCUGGGAGUAUUGGUGGUGUUCAGUGUCCGAUAUCCUGGAGACUCUUCCAAAACUGUUUUAAUGGCACUUUGCCUGAUUGUUUUGCCUUUCAUACCUGCAUCAAAUCUCUUCUUUCCUGUUGGAUUUGUUGUGGCAGAAAGAGUAUUAUACGUUCCUAGCAUGGGAUUCUGUAUGCUUGUUGCACAUGGUUGGAAGAAGUUAUCCAGCAAAAGAUUGAAAAAAUUAUCUUGGAUAUGUUUGGCUCUGGUGCUGUUCACUCAUGCCGUGAAAACAUUUAAUAGGAAUUGGGACUGGGAGUCUGAAUAUACUUUAUUCAUGUCUGCUUUGAAGAACCUCUCUCCAAAUAGGGGGUCCCUCCUUCCAGUGUCUUGCUAUGCAAACUCUAGUGGCUGUACAAAUUAUUUUAAUGAACUUAUUAAUGGCUGUGUUCAAAUUAGGAAAUCGUCUAUGAAGGAGUGCUUGAUCAAUGAUGAUAUUGGUGCCCAUAUGAAUGUUGGAAGAACGUACAAAAACUUAAAUAAAAGCAAAGAGGCAGAAGAGUCAUAUUUGAUUGCAAAAUCUCUUAUGCCACAGAUUAUACCAGGAAAAAAAUAUGCUGCUCGGGUGGCUCCAAACCAUCUCAAUGUCUACAUAAAUCUUGCAAAUUUAAUCCGUGCAAAUGAGUCGCGACUUGAAGAAGCAGAUCAAUUGUACAGACAAGCGAUAAGCAUGAGGCCGGAUUUUAAACAAGCCUACAUUAGCAGAGGAGAAUUACUUUUAAAAAUGAACAAGCCUUUGGAAGCUAAAGAAGCCUAUAUCAAAGCACUGGAAUUAGAUAGACUUAAUGCAGAUUUAUGGUACAAUCUGGCAAUCGUUUUUAUUGAACUUAAAGAUCCUUCAGAAGCUUUAAAGAAUUUUAAUCAAGCUCUUGAAUUAAAUCGCAAGCAUAAACUUGCAUUGUUCAACUCUGCUUUACUCAUGCAAGAAUCUGGUAAUCCAAGACUGAGGCCUGAGGCUAGGAAAAGGCUUUUAACAUACAUAGAGGAAGAACCACACGAUGCAAAUGGAUACUUUAAUUUAGGUAUGCUAGCAAUGGAUGAAAAAAAGGAUAUUGACGCAGAAAAGUGGCUGAAAAAAGCGAUAAUGUUACAACAUGGCUUCCGAAGUGCUCUCUUUAAUUUGGCCCUACUAUAUUCCCAGUCAUCAAGAGAGCUGGAGGCUCUACCAGUCUUAGAUGAACUGCUGCGAUACUACCCAGACCACAUUAAAGGCCUUAUUUUGAAAGGGGACAUUUUAAUGAACCAAAAGAAAGACAUUAAAGGAGCCAAAAAAUGUUUUGAAAAAAUUCUAGAAAUGGAUCCGAAUAAUGUGCAAGGGAAGCACAACCUGUGUGUGGUGUAUUUUGAAGAACGAGACCUGCUUAAAGCAGAGCGAUGUUUGGUUGAAACGUUAGCCUUAGCCCCACAUGAGGAAUAUAUUCAACGUCAUCUAAGCAUUGUUCGCAGUAAACUUAUGUCUUUACAUGUUGCUGCUCGCUCUAUAUCCCCUACAGCUGUUGCUUCAAACUUUCCAGAAAAACAAAAGACUGAAGAAAAAGGUGAAAAAAAAACUCCAAUUGAAAAACUAAAGAAAGUAAAAGAUGUGCCAAAAACAAAUCCAUCGGAUAAAACAAAAACCGAAGGCCUUUUAAAAUCCAAAACUCAACAAGAAAAAAAUAUUGACAAAGAAAUGAAAAAAAAAUCAACUAAAGAAAUGAAAGACAUUGAAAAUAAAAGGGUUGCUGCUCUGAAAAGAUUAGAAGAGAUAGAGCGUAUGUUAAAUGUUGAAUAGUUAAGAUUUUAUAAUCCGUCACGCACAAUCCAUGUGCUGUGCAGAUCUGGAUUUUAUUAAGGUAUCUUUAAGACUACUUACUAUCUGAAAUUCAGAAAGCAUUACCUAUUCUACAAGAACUUUUUUAUACCAUUGAUCACACACUGAUCAAACACAUUUUUGUACAAAUAACGGAACUGACUCACCACGGAUUUUUUUUUUUUUCUUUUUUUUUUUUUUUUCUUUUUUUUUUUCAGUUAAGAACUUACAUUGAUUUUUAACCAGUGUAAUGUUAAACCUAAUCAACAAACAGACUUUAUAGUGGGUAUUUAUCAGAUUUUUUUGUAUUGUAUUGGAUAUUAUUUAUAGUCAAAAAUCAACUUGUAACUGAGGCCAAUAAAAAUGAGAAGAAAAAUUAACUUUUUUUUCAGAAAGGUUACAAUAGCUAAACUUGAAAACUGUUAGAGCGGCAGUUUAAAACUGUGCAGUAAUAAAAUAUGCAGUGCAGUGGUACUACAAAUGUAAGAAAUUGCAGUACUAUUACUUACUUUGUACAAAUGUAAUAAUUGAAAAAUGCAACAGACUUUUAAUUACUAGAUGGGCACACUGUGGGAUGUAGAUUUUUUUUUUUCCCUGCAUGUUUUUUGUAGUGAAAGUGAUAUGAUUGUUUAUACUAAAGCAACUUAUCGCUUGAUUUUUUUUCUCUUCACUGAUUAUAAACUAGUUAUUUUAUCAGCAUUUUAUAUAUAUAUUUUCUUAUUUUCCAUCAUUUAUUUAAAUCAAAGCAGGCUAAAUGGUUUUUAUGUAGAUGUUGUUACUAAUUGUGCAGGGGUUUAUAAACUGAACACUAGCAUGAAAAUAACUGUAUUGUCGAAAAUAAUUGAUCAUUUUACGAAGACCAUAAUCAGUUUACAGUUUCAGUGACAGAUCAAUAUUGAAAAUUAUGUUUAAAAACUAUAAAAAAAACAAAAAAACUGUGCAAAUCUACUGGUCAAGAUAAUAUUUGGGCAGAUCUUUAAAACAUCUCUUGUAUUUAUUGUUUUUUUUCAAGAGGCUUAACAGUAUCUACUGAAGAUAAAGGUCAUUGUACACUUUGAUAUUAAAAUAAAUACAUUAAAGGGACAGUUUACUCAAACAUUUUCUCCCCUUUAAUUUGUUCCCAAUGAUCCACUAUACCUGCUGGAGUGUAUUCAAUUGCUUACAAGUAUUUUCAUUACCCUUAUUUUGGCAUUUGAAAUAGUUCAUUUAGCCUGUGGUAUCCCCACCCAUCCUGAAAGUUUUUGGCCUCAAGGCCAAGCUGUGUUAACACAGCCAGUAGAAGAAAUUACACUGCCAGUGGGUUAUAGAAGAGAUAAGGCAAUACAAUGUACAUUUUUCAUUUGUUUAUGGACAGAUAUAAGAUAAAGAAGCAUUUAUAUGUACACAAUGUGAUAAAGUAAUGAGAUCUGAUUAUACCUACAAGCACUACCCAUUUUAUUAGGUUGAGGCUUCAAAACACAAAAUCAACUAAUUCAUAUACACAAAUAAGCCUUAAAAAAAGCAAAUCUCAUACAUUUUAUACUCUGCAGCUGGUAAAAAAAGUAAUUGCAAACACAUUAAGGGAAAAACAUUUUUCCAGUAUACUGUCCCUUUAAUAAGAAUCUGUUAAAAUUACUCUCUCAAUAAAAACACCAGAGACAGCAGUGCCCCUUGUGUUUUCAAUAUCAGAAAUAGAUUUUUUUUCUUCUGGUACUUAAAAAAUAAAAAAACACAAAUAUAAAUUUUUACAAUAUUACAAUAGCCUUUGUCUUUCAAAGGAACUUUAAUGUCCUCUGCUAUUUAAUUUUUUUGAAGUUGGCAUAAUUAUUAUUUUUUAAUAAAUACAAUUUGAUAUAUCCAA